CGAUUGAAUGGCUGCAAUCAGAGACAACCAGAAAUCACUCAAGUCACGUUUUCUUGCUAGAAACGGUUACAUACUAGCCGGUACUAUUGGCCUAGGAAAUUACGCGAAAGUAAAGCAAGCCUACGACAGAAAAUGCAGAAGAAACGUUGCAAUUAAAAUCGUUGACAAGAAUAGAACACCGCAAGACUACCUCACAAAAUUUUUUCCGCGAGAAAUUGACCAUCUCAAAAAAUUAAAACACAAAAAUGUGGCGGAAUUACUCGACGUGAUCGAGGACGACUCUAGCCUAUACAUUGUUCUCGAGCUAGCCGACGCUGGAGAUCUACUGGAAUACAUUCGCGUACGCAAAAUGCUGUCCGAACCAACUGCCCGUCACUUUUUCAAACAGAUGUGUGCUGGAAUGAAAUACUGCCACAAUCGCGGAAUCGUUCACAGAGACUUGAAAUGUGAAAACGUUCUUAUCUGCUCCGAUCAAACGGCAAAAAUUUGUGAUUUUGGCUUCGCUACAAAAGUGGACAACAGAAUGUUUCUCACUACGUUUUGUGGAUCGACUGCCUACGCAUCUCCCGAGAUACUUCAAGGCCAGCCGUACAACGGCUUCAAAGCAGACGUUUGGAGCAUGGGUAUCGUACUGUAUGCCAUGGUGUUUGGCACGUUACCGUUUGCCGACCAGCGUGUUAAGAUUCAGAUAGCCCAAAUGCAAAGCAGAGACUAUCCCAAGUUUCAAUCAGUUCGACCGCGAAAAGAAGUCUCAAGAAGUCUCAUCCAACUUCUGCGUAAAAUACUUGUUGUCUCGUUUCAUGAGCGUCCAGUCGUGACAGCAAUAGAAAAGGCAACUUGGCUACAGGCAAUUUCCAAGACUCAAUCGUUUCAUCCCGACUCGACUCUGCCCAAUUCCGUAACAGCUUCCGUCAACAGAUCUCGACCGAUCACUCAGGACGGCGAUAAUGUUUGUCACAUUCAAUGUCUGCCCAUUUCUGUUCCCACCGAGUAUCAACAGCGACACAUCAAGAUCACCCCAACUAUAAACUGCAAUCACCUUCCAUCACUAGUACCUCCCGGCCAACAUACACCUGAUUUGCGAACUGACUUUUGUCAUGCUCUCAGGAUGAUAGGACGUGUGAGACGGCAAGUGCCACUUCAUAAUGUUAAUUGUCAUGGAGUCGCCGGCAGGACGCCACACCGUCUCUCUAUACAAUCGAGACAGCCUACAACAUCAUGUAGAAAGUUCGCAUUGAACAAUUCAUGGAAACCAGAGGUUUCCUCCAAUACAGAGAUGCAAAAUAAACAGUGACUGACCCGUUUACAUACAAUACUGCUCUAGAUACCGUCACAUACAUGCCUGUGUAUAUAGAGAAAUUCAAUCUAAAUACAG